UGCCAAUUACUGGGCUCUAAAAUGAAGUCUUUUCUACUGCGAAAAAAUAAAACUCGAUCAUUGUAAUUCUGAAUGUUCUGAAUAUUGCUUAGCAGUAGCGUGUGUUCAAUAUGUUUGUUGUUUCUGUCGAACAAGAUGCGGGUUGUACGGAGUGUUUGCAGGUUAUGUUAGAUAUUCAAUGUCGAAAAUGACUAAAUGCAAGGUUAUAAUUCUGGAAUUCAGAACUUCAUACGUUAUUUGAAAUUUGCAGCUAUUUUAUGAAAACCGGAUAUUAUAUGAAUUUGGUCUGUGAACAAUGGAUGAUCUAGCCCAGUCAUUGGAUUUCUGCUCCAUCAGCAGUCACCAGAGGACUAUAAUCCAUAUAGACAUUGAUUGUUUCUAUGCUCAAGUGGAGAUGAUUAAGAACCCUGCUUUGAGAAAUUGUCCGUUGGGAAUUCAACAAAAAAAUAUUAUUGUCACCAGUAAUUAUGUAGCACGAGAAUAUGGUAUUGAGAAAUGUAUGCUUGUUAAUGAAGGUUUGCAGUUGUGCCCACAAUUGGUACUGGUGCGAGGGGAAGAUUUAUAUGAUUAUAGACAAAUUUCUGCCAAAAUUACAACUCUCUUACACAGAUACAGCCCUCAGGUCGAGAAACUUGGAUUGGAUGAAAACUUUGUGGAUGUUACAGAUUUGGUUGCUGAAAGACUGGGGGACAGUACAGACCAACAAAUUAUAGAUGGUUGUAUAUAUGGUGAUUUGAAUGAGAAAUGUGAAUGUGGUUGUAAGAACAGGUUGUGUGUUGGCUCCCAUAUUGCUGGUGAAAUGAGAAGUGAAAUUCAUAAUAUUCUGGGCAUAACAAGUUGUGCUGGGAUCUCUUGUAACAAGCUACUUGCAAAACUAGUGUGUGCUACCCACAAACCAAACCAGCAGACUACUGUCUUUCCUUGCAACUCUUUGGCAUUGGUGUCAAGUCUCCAGAAUGUUAGUGGCAUUCCUGGCAUUGGUCGUCGCAUGCAUGAAAUUUUGCAGUUUCAUGGUAUAUUAAGUGUUACAGAUCUUCAGAACUGUAAUCUUACAUCUCUGCAGAAAGCUCUUGGCAAUGACAUGGCAAUCCGCAUCAAAAAACUUAGCUAUGGUAUUGAUGAUUCCCUUGUGAAACAAACAGGUAAACCUCAGUCCAUUGGGUUGGAGGAUGGUUUUAGGAAGAUAUGCUUAGAAAGUGAAGUGAAAGAUAAAUUAGCCGGUCUGCUAGAAAGACUUCUAAGAUUACUGUCUCAGGAUGGUAGAAUUCCUGGCUCAAUCAGAGUAACCACACGCAAAUAUGACAGUAUUCAGAAACGUAGUCACAGAGAGAGCAGGCAGUGUAAUAUAGCUGCUACAUCUUUUAUCAUGAAUGGUGGCCCACAUUACAGAAAUAAAAUCGCACUGAAGUCAAAUGAGAAGUUUUUGGCUUUAAUUAUGCAGCUGUUUCAUAAAAUGGUUGAUAUAUCCAAACCAUUCCAUCUUACCCUGUUAGGCUUAGCAUUUACUAAAUUCCGAGAAUGCAAGACUGGCAAGAGUUCAAUUGCAUCUUUCCUAACUAAUGACAUAUCUGUACAGUCAGUACUGAGUUUCAAAAUCUUGUCAUCAGAGACAGAGGAAAUGGAAUAUUCAUGCAUGAACAGUAUGGAAAGAUCAGGUUCAGAAUCUGAACCAGAACCUGAAUCAAAGAAAGCUCGAACAGAGUUAUUAAUUCCAAGAAGUAAAACCCGAUUUUCAAAUGAAGAAGAUGCUACAGGUGAUUCUGCAGACUGUGCGUUAUGGAUGGUUAGCAAGUCAAAAGCUCCUAAUGAACAAACACUGGACACAGACAGAAUAUCAGUGGAGCAUUCUAGCAAUAGUGGAGUUACAGGGAAAAUUUCUCUUGAAUCACAGACAAGCAGCAGUAGAAGUACCAAUUCAGUGCAUGGUAUGACGAAUGAAAAUGAGUUUCAGUGCCCUCAUAAUGUGGAUGCAGAUGUUUUCCAUGCAUUACCACAUGAAUUGAAAAAGGAAUUGAUUGAGGCAUGGAGGAUAGGGAAAAAUGAAGUAUCUUCAACUUCACAGGGUAAACAAGACACUUUCCACUCUAAACCAAAACAGAAAUCCAUUUUGCAGUACUUAAUUCCAAAAUAGUGAUAUGUUUAUGUCAGUUCAUGUACUAUGAUAAUGUGUGUUUGUGCCUCAUUUUUUAACAUUUAUAGUGGAAUUAACAGAUGGUUGGCUUCUUCUGUUCAGUUAGUUUCUUUUCUUGUGUCAAGUUAAAUGGUGUAUUUAACAAAUAGGAAUUCUAAGUUUGUAGCAUGUUACCCUGUUAAAAUAUGUAACAACCAAUGUAGAUGCUUGUACGUGUUAAUAAUUGUAAUAGAAAAUUUUGUUAUAUUACUGCAUCAUAAACUUUAUCACUGCAUUCCACCUGUAGUGAGCAAACUUUUAUUUAAUUAUAGUCAUUCCUGUCUUCAGGUAAAUUGUCUUAUGUACUAAUAUUGCAGGUUUGUAAUUGGUAAUUUCAUUUCCUAAUUGUUCAGUACUAUAUAUGACUUGAAGUGUGGCAGAAACAUUAUAAGUAAAAUCUGUUGUAUUUCAGUAUUAUAUUCAAGCAUCCUG